GAGAGAGAGAGACAGAGAGCGAUUGAGGCGCACGGACAGUAGAUAUCCACAGUGUAGCGUGUUAAUUGGGAUUUUCAGCGGAAUGAAGAUUUAAAGUUUGGAGGAAUGGGUGUAAUCGGGAGAACAACGAGGAGCGGCACUGAACGGCACCUGGAUUCGCGUUAGGAGUUUUGGAAAGAUAGGGUGAGGGGGUGAGGGCUGGUGAGGAUUUAGUGCAUUGCUGGGUCAAACAAACUACCCCCCACCAUUGAAGGGAAAAGUUGUAAAAGGAAAAGUGCAGCGACAGGGAAGAAGAAGAAGAAAAAACAGAUAAGACAAAGCGGCGAGGAAACGAUGAACAUAGAAAAGUGGCGUGUGCUCUGACUUCCUAAAGUGUAUAAGUGAGGUUUACUUUGGAACUAAAGCUGGAACAGGAGAAAGCAGCACUAUGUCACGUUCGGAUGAGGUCAACAAGAUGACAGAAAAUGUCUAUAAGGGCAUUCUGGACCAGUUUAACCCCAGUCUGAAGAACUUUGUCACUAUGGGUAAACACUAUGAAAAAGCUUUGACAGGGGUGACAGUAGCAGCUAAGGGAUACUUUGACACACUAGUCAAACUAGGGGAGCUGGCCAGUGACAGUCAGGGCUCAAAGGAGCUGGGUGACACGUUAUUCCAGAUGGCGGAGGUUCAUCGGCAGAUCCAGGUCCAACUCGAGGAUGUGCUGAAGUUGUUCCAUUCAGAGCUGCUGUCUCAACUGGAGCAGAAGCUGGAGUUGGACAUCAAAUAUCUCAAAGCAACACUAAAAAAAUACCAGAGUGAGAGGAAGUCAAAAGUGGAGUCGAUUGAGCGCUGCCAAUCACAACUCAAGAAGCUGCGAAGGAAGAGUCAAGCUAGUCGCCACCCCAACAAAUAUGGAGACCGAGAGAUGCAGUAUGUGGAGCUGAUAAGUCGUCGGCAGGGGGAGUUGGAUACUCUGGUUGCCAUUGGUUAUCGCUCUGCUCUGACAGAAGAGAGGAGGAGGUAUUGCUUCCUGGUGGACCGUCAGUGUUCAGUCACCAAGAUCCUCAUCAACCACAACUGCAAGGUAAGAGAGCUCUUGUCGCAGAAGUUAUCUUCAUGGCAACAGUCAUGCUCCCAGCCGACCAAACUACCAGACCGAGCCCUGAACCUGUUGCGUCACACUGCCCCCCAGAGCUCUGGAGGAGCAGGACUCGCAGAGGUGCUGCGCAAUGCUAAGUUGGGAAUCUCGCAAACUGGAGAACAAAGGCUGUCUGUACAGGAAGUCCCGCCAUUGUUAAACGGUGACAGUAACAGCCGGUCUCAGCAGCAACAGCGGUCAACUCAGUCUGAAAACCUCUCCCAGUCUCUGCCAGGCCUUUCACCCAGCACCACUCCUCACCAGAACUCCACCAGUAAUGGCCACACCAACUCCAGUAGCCCCACCCACUCCCAGCAUUCUUCCCUCCAAUCAACAGCGAGCGUGCCUGGUCUACAGUCCCCACCCUCUGUCAACCACGCCUCCCCAUCUUCCCUCAGUUCUCUCCAGGGUCUCACCCCCCCUGUAACUGCCCCUCAUAGCCCCCCAUUAACCCACAGUGCCCCUCUGUCCCGUGCCCUCAUACCUGCGUCCUCCAAUACCCUCCACGGAUUGGCCAACUCACACCCUGCUUUUAAUGUGCUGAAAGGAGCAGAGAUGUACGCUACCUCCACGCUACCAUUGCCAAGGAGACAGCCAAGCGAGAUUAGGACAGGGUUCAUGGGUUCCACUCUUCCUCGUGUGCUCCCUCUCUGUCCUCCCUCUCAUGUAGAGGCUCUGUUCCCUCACUCUCCUGACACCUCACAGGGAGAGAAAGGAGGAGGAAGAGGAGGAGGAGGAGGCUCAUGUCUGCUGUCCUUCCUGCCAGGAGACACUCUGACUUUGCUGAUCAGUGAACCCAGAGACGGCUGGCACUACGGCCAGAAUGAGCGCACCGGACGAAAAGGCUGGUUUCCCUUCUCCUACACACAGCCUUAUCCAAACACACCCAGACAACAAGACAUCAGUCCUCCUCCCCUGUCUAAGGUGAACAGCACAAGCACAGGGCAGCUGGAUAGGCUACCCCCUGCUGGUCAGAUGCAGCAGGCCAGUCCUGACUCAGAGGAUGAAAGGAGUGUAGUAUCCCAGCGUGUCAGCACCUUCAGGCCCCGCCCUUAUAGCAUGCUGAACCCUGAAACCAGCAAGAUGAGCCCACGGCUUACAGGACAGCGCCUGAGGGACAGGAUGUCCACUGAUUUCAUCUCCCCACCUCCAUCCCCGACCAGGAUCAAUCCAUUUGCCCAUAUUCGGCUCAAGAAGACGGUGACCAAUGAUCGCUCUGCCCCAGUUAUACAGUAGAACCUUCAGUUAUAGACAACCAGAGUGAUGCUGUCUAUAACAGGGCCACUAAUGGCUCUGUAUUAUUGAAUAAGGUAUUUAACCUUUGUGAUGCAAUUUUUGAUACUAGACUUUUCAGUCUUAUUUAAAUUCUGACAAUAACCAAUCUCAGAGAAUUAACCAAACAUGAAUUAAUAUCAGCUAUGGCGAAUCAAUAUGAUCAGAUUUAGGGGGUUUGUAUUUUGGAAAAGCACACAUGGGGAUAUAGUGCAGAGAUUACUUGAUAACAAUCAAUACAUAUAGUGUGAUGAAUCUUUCAGCAUGAUUUCUACAAUACAAAGUAGGAAAUUACAAGAGAAGUAAAAUAGAGAACUUUUUGUUGGCAAGUGGUAAACACAAUACCAUGGUGCUUUGUGGUGAUAUCCCAUUUUAUAACAGUUUUUAUCAACUGUUAUUUAAGUUGCUAACUGUAAAUACUUCAUAGACCUGUUCUUGCAUCUGAAACAACAGAUUUAUAGUUAAAAAAAAUCAUUAUUGCAUUAAAAAUAUAUAGAAAGCAUUUCCAAAGAUAUUGUUAGAAUGUGCUACAAUUUUUGUAGCAUUAAGCAUUUUUGUGGAAUUGUCCACGUUUGCAGUUCUUUAGUUAAAAUCAAUAUUUGACUUAAAAAAAGGAAAGGAAAAAAGUUCACCCAAAAAUAAAAAUGUCUCUUAUUUUCUCACUCUCAUGUCAUUCCAAACCCUUGUGCUUUUUGGGUAUGUUCCCGCAUAUGUUUGAACCGCACGUGAUGCGCAAAGUUUGAAUAUUAGGAACAGAGAAUGAGAUUUGAGAACUACGGAGUUCAAGAUUUUCAGUAAAUAACAACUUAAAUUUCAGUCAGUUCCUCACACAAAGUUAUCGACUUGGAAUCUAGUGCACAAGUCACAAGGACUGCAUUUGUGAUGCUUUUAUAGCGAGACGUUUUGGAGCUUGACAGCUGUGGUCACUAUAAGAGAAGCUCUUUUCUAUACAAAAUUCAUAAUGUCCCAUGGCAUAGCAUCCAGGUUUGCAAUAACAUGAGGAUAGUAACAGAGUUUUCAGAUUUCGAGUGCACGUGCCACAUGAACAUACCAUCUGUUAGCUCAGGAUACUUUCCCCAGAAAACCAGAGCUAUUAAAAAAGAUUUAUUGAAUAAAAGGGAGAUGUAGGUUUACUGCCUGGUGCAGUCAAGGAGUAGGAAACAGCUGAAUGGCUGAAUUGAAAUGUAAAGUUUAUUUACAGAAGGACUUGGUAAGAGGAAAAAGUUUAGUUUUUUUUUUUUUUAAGUUUAAACUUUAAAGUGAAGAGGCUCUCAGCUUUGGUCUCUUGUCCCACCUUUUUAAUCAGUCUUGUAUAUUUUGUUAAAUCCUAAAUCUCAAAAAGCUUGUAGUCUUGAGUUGUAGCAGAUUGUAGGUGAGGGAUGCAUGACAAGGCUAAGAGUGAAGCUGUGUGUGCAGAGACAAGACCUCUGCAGAUGUGAAAGAAAGGUUUGGAAAGUGGAGAAGUGCUGGAGGAAGUGACUGUGGUAAAGUGCUGUAGCUGUAGGAUUGUAAAAUAGACACUCUCUUCCUUACUUGCUUUUUUUUCUUUUUCAACAUUUUAGGAAGAGUGUAUUUAGUAAAAGUUUUUAUACCCAGCGAUUUGAAAGUAAGAUUAAAAAUGUGAUGCUACAGUUCAGAUUCAUUUGAUCUUUUGGCUUGUUUAUAUUUAGUCUAUCCUAACUGUCUUGUGCAUUGAAUCAAAAUUAUUCUAAUUAUUAACGAUGAUAAUAUUUUUCCACUUCAAGAGGUUUUUAAUGGAUCAGUUUAUUUUGUUUCAUUUUUUUCUAUUAUAUUCAAUCUUUAAUUGAGUAAAGCAAAAAAUAUAAAUGUAUAGAUAUAUAUAACUAUCUACAGAGAAUAUGUUCCAAACUGAUGUAAUCUAUGUGAAAUAUACACUGAUCAGCCACAACAUUAAAACCACCUGCCUAAUAUUGUGUAGGUCCCCCUCGUGCCACCAAA